AUGGAGCAUCCAGCAUUCACGUUAUCAGGUCUUUGCGCAAUUGGCGGAAUUAUGGGCUAUGUCCGUAAAGGAUCCGUUCCGUCAUUGGUGGCCGGCUUGACUGUCUCUGUCUUGUACGGAUACUCGGGAUACUUGUUGAAGCAAAAUGCCAACUACGGGUUGGAGAUUGCCUUGGGCACAAGCUCAUUGUUGCUCGUGGCGGGGUUAGGAAGAGCUAUCCCCACCGGCUUUCAAAAACCGGUGCCAUUGCUUUUGGUGCUCUUGGGCGGAUUGAGCACUGGUUACUACUUGAAAAAGUACAACGAGUUCUACCCUUUUUGGUCUUAA